AUGAGUGGUAGUAAAGUGGAUGUGAAGGUUGUUUUAUUGGGGAAAUCGUACGCUGGUAAAACAUGUUUAGUAGAGAGGUAUAUACAUGAACGUUAUACUGGAGAUACAGUCCCUUAUCAUAAUGUAAGUUUUAUACAUGAACGUUAUACUGGAGAUACAGUCCCCUAUCAUAAUGUAAGUUUUAUACAUGAAGGUUAUACUGGAGAUACAGUCCCCUAUCAUAAUGUAAGUUUUAUACAUGAACGUUAUACUGGAGAUACAGUCCCCUAUCAUAAUGUAAGUUUUAUACAUGAAGGUUAUACUGGAGAUACUGUCCCCUAUCAUAAUGUAAGUUUUAUACAUGAACGUUAUACUGGAGAUACAGUCCCCUAUCAUAAUGUAAGUUUUAUACAUGAAGGUUAUACUGGAGAUACAGUCCCCUAUCAUAAUGUAAGUUUUAUACAUGAACGUUAUACUGGAGAUACAGUCCCCUAUCAUAAUGUAAGUUUUAUACAUGAAGGUUAUACUGGAGAUACAGUCCCUUAUCAUAAUGUAAGUUUUAAACAUGAACGUUAUACUGGAGAUACAGUCCCCUAUCAUAAUAAUUGUAAAAUAUAUUUAUGUGGUACAAAGAAAGACAUCGUUGAUGAUGAUUCUUCCCAUCGUUCUGUAAAUGAAAGAGAGGCUCAAGCAUUAGCAACAG